UUACUUUCCCAUCACUAAAUCUGUCAGUGAGUUCAGUUCAGUUUUUGGAAUACGGCUUCUGUUGUGUUGUGCACUUGUGUAGUUUCUGUUUAUUUUCGAAGUAAUUUCUUAUUUUAAUAAAAAAAUGGGUAAUUUCAAAUAUUGUAGGGUGUGUCUUGUGACAGACGUGAAGAUGUUCAGCCUAGAAACUUCUUCAAGUGAUUCUAUUGGAGCUGUUUACUCACAUUUAGCUCAGAUUCCGAUAUUUGACAAAGACCAACAUGUCUGUUUUGAAUGUGCCAGUCUCUUGUACAAGUUUCAAGAAUUCAAAUCCAAAUGUCUCAGAGCCCACCAUAUUUUGUCUAGAUUCAAAUUUGGGCUUAGUCAUAUUACAAAACAAUCUAUUAACAACAUUGACAGGAAAUUGAACAAAUUAGAAUCCAAUUUGGAAGUAACUCAUAUUUUAUCUGUACAUGAAGUGAUCAAUGUAGAUACAGAAAUAGAAAUAAGACAAAAUGAAGCUGAAGAAACUAAAGAACUAGAAGUCAGUGUGAAAACUGAAGUGGCUGACCCAAAACUUGAUGAGCAAUAUGAAUCUGAUGAAAGCCCUAUUGACAACAAUGCAGGCUUAGUACAUUUUACUGAAGAAACACUUGAAAUAGAGGAAACGAAAACUAAAAAGAGAAAGUUUAAAACUGUUAUGAAGAGUGAAGAUGAUUUUAGUGAUGAUGAACCGCUAUCUAAAAGCAUGUCUCAGACUGAUACCGUAAUAAAAGGUACUGGGAAGAAGAUGGACAUGAGUAUCUUUGAUGACUAUGGAACUGUAACAUAUCUCACCCCAGAGGAUGCUAAAAAGGAGCUUUUGCUUAGAAAAGAGUCUAAUAAUUACAAAAUGUGUAAGUUUAAAUGUGAGCUCUGCUAUAGAGGAUUUGAGGUUAAAUCUGCUUUUGAGAAUCAUACUAAGAAACAUAGAGCUGAAAAUGGAUAUUAUGAAUGUGAUAUCUGUCACCUGUGGUUUCCACAACAAGUGGCAUUGUGUAAACAUAGAAUCAGGACACAUAAGAGGAAGUUUAGCUGCAAAGUGUGCUCUUAUGUUUGUUAUUGUAUGCACCAAGCAAAGACCCAUGUGAGUCUCCACAAAGGAAAAAAGUAUCCAUGUAAACAUUGUGGAGAAAUAUUCAGCAUGCCCAAUUCUCUAUUUAUGCACAACCGAAUAAAACAUUUAAAGGAGUCUACAGUCCGCGAGAGUGUGUGUCAACUGUGUGGCGACGUAUUCGGAGGACCGAAGGGACUAUACUUACAUCAUAUGAAGGUGCACAAACAGGUUGAAAAUGACGAAUUGGGACCUAAAUGCGAAGACUGUAAUGCACAUUUUACUUCAGAACUAGCGUGGAAACGACAUCUAGUGCUUUCUUCUAAGCAUAAAGUCAGUAACGGUUGUAAAUUCUGUGGCGACACAUUCUCGAAUAAGGAAGAUCUCAAAGCUCACUUGUUGGUGCACUCUCGAACACAAGUCUACAGACCCAGGGUGAAGAAAUGGCCCGGCGCGUGUCACAUUUGUGACAAAUGGCUGACAAGUCGCGCGGAGUACCAGAACCACGUGACGUCAGACCAUCCUGACACCGACGAGGCGAAGAAGAUCUUCAUUGAAAAAGAAACAUCAUUUGUGUGUGAACUGUGUGGUCAGAUAUUUAAGAAACAAUGCUUCCUGAAGUACCAUAUGCACAAACACACGGGCGAGCGUCCGUACAAAUGCCCGGAGUGUGACAAAACGUUUCAGACGUCGGGCUCGCUCUGCAUACACCGCAGUACGCAUAAUCCGAAAACGGUCAAGUGUCACCUGUGCGCCCGAAGGUUUACGUUGAAGAGCGCUCUCAGCAAGCACAUGAAGUACGCCCACCUCGGCCACCGUCCCUACAAGUGCACAAUCUGCGACAAAGGGUUCGUUCACUUGUGUGAUUUGAAACAACACAACAAAUACGUGCACGACAAAGUACCGUGGCCCAAGAAGAAACCCAAGAGGAACACUGUUGAUGAAGAGACUUACAUGGACUAAUCAAACGCAGAUCCUGAUCAUCAUCAUCGGCGGCAAGACAUCCAUUGCGGAACACUAAGUUUAAGUGUGGGAGAGCCAUGCUUCGACACGAAUGGGCCGGCACGACCUGAGUGACACUACGGCCUCACCGAAAACCGACGUGAAACAACGCUCGCGUGGUGUGGAAUUCUCACGCUUGCAUUGUGUGAGUGAGGUUACCGGAGGCUCAAUUCCUCCCUUCCCAAUCUUCCCAAUCCCCGAUUCCCCAACAACCCUUAAAUUCCUAAGUCCUAAAAGGCUGGCAACGCACUUUUAACGCCUCUGGUGUUUCAAGUGUCCAUGGGCGGCGGCGAUUGCUUACUAUUAGGUGAUACGUCUGCUCGUUCCAUAAAAAACCAACACUAAACCAACCAAUCAGAGCGCCACACGCGCUCUAGUUUCGAUUACUUUAAACGUAAAGCAAACUCAUACUUAGGGUACUGAUUGGGUAAGUCCCACUUAGUCUACCACUCUCAAUAGGGCAGAUCACUAUGUUAGUCAGAAGACACUGUUAUUUUUUUUAUAUUUGCUUCUAACCGGCCUAUUUGGGACUGAAACUGAACUGGGGGAAUCCUAUGCUUAACCAGAAUGUAUCGUGACUGAUACAGUGAUAAUCAUUUGUGUAGUUAGAAAGUAUUAUAACUAAGACUUGAAGUAUUAUAAUUUUUAUGUAAGUAAAGAGGAAUAGCAAUAAUGUUUAUUAUACAUUUGUAUGGUAAUGUAAAUAAUAUAGACUGCUUGUGUAGCUAUGUUUAAUAUGUAAAUCAAAUAAUAUAUUUUUACAAAAAUCA